UUUAUCCGGUGACUCUUUCUUCUUGUGGUUCACAAGAACCACAGGACCACAGGUGGUUUGCUGUGUGUGGUUUGCUCUGGCUGCACCUGGGAUAUGUCAGGGCUAGUUGAGGGUUAAUGCCUCUUAGACUCCACCUACUUUGGAUGAGUCAACAAUACAGGAAGCAGGAAGUGCUGAAGUCUGAACGCGUUUAUCUGUCACUGGACUGUUGUUGUGAGAGAAAACAGGAGCUCAGUGUCAGAAUGGCACGCAGUCUCUCUCUCCAGGAGGUUGACCUCUCAUGUUCAAUAUGCUGUGAGAUCUUCAGGGACCCUGUGGUCCUAAAGUGCAGCCACAGUUUCUGUGCCCCCUGUCUGAAGCAGUACUGGACUCAGGGCACACGGAGCCGGGACUGCCCUCUGUGCAGAAGUGAAAGUGUGGAUGACCCUGUGCCGAGUCUCACCCUGAAGAACCUGUGCGAGUCCUUCAUCCAGGAUGGUGAGGAUCUGGACGAUACAUUUGGAGAGCUGUACUCUGAUCCAGGGGAGGUGUGCCCCCUUCACGGGGAGAGGCUGAAACUUUUCUGUCUGCAGGAUAAGGAGCCUAUCUGCGUGGUUUGCCACACCUCAAGGAAGCACAAACAGCACGAUUGUUGCCCUGUCAGUGAGGCUCUAGUAGAUGUAAAGGAGAAAAUGAAGACUGCCCUCAGCUCGAUGCAGAAAAAAAAGGAUGUUUUUGAUAACAUGAAGAAAAAAUAUGAGAAUGCUGUGGAAUUCAUCCAGUUCCAGGCCCAAUUUGUGGAGAAGCGGACCCGAGAGGAGUUUGAAAAGCUUCACAGCUUCCUCUUAGCCGAAGAGGAAUCCAGAAUAACGGCACUGAGGGGGGAAGAAGACCUUAAGAGUCGAGCGAUGAUGCAACAAAUUGAAGAAAUUACCAGAAAUAUAGAACAUGUGUCUGAAUCCAUCCGAGUUUUAGAGGAGGAGAUAGCUUCAGAGGGCAUUUUCAUCCUUCAUAAAUGCAAGAGCACAUUGGCAAGAGCCGACAGCCCAACUGAAGAUCCAGUCAUGGCUCCCGGAGCACUAUUGGAUGUAGCCAAAUAUCUCGGGUCUUUAAAUUUCCAUGUGUGGGAGAAGAUGGGGAAAAUUGUCAAAUACACCCCGGUUACUCUGGACCCCAACACCGCUGCCCCGUGGCUCAUCCUGUCAGACGACCUGAGCAGCGUCUGUGACAGUGAAGAGAAGCGUAAGAUGCCCGACAACCCGGAGAGGUUCGAUCCUGACACCGGUGUGCUGGGCCGCGAGAGCUUCACCUCGGGCAAGCACACCUGGGACGUGAAUGUGGGGGAGAGUACAGCGUGGGUGGUCGGCUUGGCUAAAGAGUCAGCCCAGAGGAAAGAGAAAGUGUCUUCAGUGCUGAAUAACGGCUACCUGUGCGUGUACUUUUACCACAAGAUGUACUUUGCAGGCACUUCUCCAUUGACGAGGCUUAACUUGAAGAGGAACCCGCAGAGGAUUAGGGUGCAGCUGGACUGUGACAAAGGCAGGGUGUCCUUCUGCGACCCGCAUGACAACACUCAUAUCUACACCCUUAAGCACCCCAUCACUGAGAGGGUCUUCCCUUACUUCUGGGUGGGGUGUCAGCAGUGUCCUUUAAAGGUGGAGCCACUGGAGGUUUCUGUGAAAGCGGUUGAACACUUCUGAAAGUGCAUAACUUUUACCUUGUACUCGGUACAAAAUGAAUGGGAUCUUUUUUUGAAUUUCAUACAGUAUUGGAAUCAAAUAGCAUAAUUUCAGCAUUUUAUUUCCUGCCUCUAAACAGCGUCCUUUUUGUUUUUCAGUUUUAAACUGUUUCCAUUUGUGCAGUUUCAACUAUUUCUUUGACGUUGUUUCUGUUUAAAAACAAUCAAACAGUAUAAUGUUUGCCUGUAGUUUGAUGAAUCAAAGUAACCCAAUCUUGAAUGUGCAUGUCAAACUCUAAAUGUUUUUUCAAGCCCAAAUGUUUAUUUCUACAGAUAAAUGACAAACACUUUAUGCUUUAUGUGCAAAUACUAAUGAGUGUGCUAAUCUACAAAUAAAUGAUUUGCAAAUACCACAA